UAAAAAAUCGAAACUUUUUUUAACGUUAUUGUAAAUAAGAUUGGGGUACAUUUUUGACAAAACUCGAACAGUAUUGUGAACGUUUUGACCGGAAGCGCCAGUAUUGUUAUCGUGUAGUCUGACAGUGGUGCUGCUGGCUGGGAACAGGAUGCUGUCAGGCCGAACAGACACACCGACCUAACGGAGAGAAACCGCAACAGCAUCCUUUGUUUUCCUGAGCUGGAUAACCAGAAUAUGGACAUGGCAGAUUCACAAGGGAUUAGGAAAACAGACGGACUCAGAGGACAACCUCAGCUGUGACACCCACUGACAACCUGCAGCACCUGGAGGAGAAGGGAGAGGUGUCCAGUUCCAACAGCCAGUAGUCUGAAGCAUAAAAGUAUCUCAGUCAAGACAAGGACAUCUCCAAACUGAGAGUUUGGCAGGCUGAACAGAGAGCUGAAGUGAGCGUGGAGAGGCGCUGGGCCUUUACUUGCCCACUAUCCUUUGCUUUUCCUUUGCCCCUGUGGAAGCACUCGUCCACACCACUGCACUGAAGCACACUUAUCGCUCUUGUUCCUCUUUCCGUUCUGCCACUGCACUUGUUUUCUCUGUUUCUAUCCAUCUUGUCUGUCUUGCUUAAUGUAUAGGUCAGUGGAGGCUAAGCACUAGAAACCUCUCAUAAAGACCAGUGAAAUAAAUUGUUUAGGUUCUAGAGCUGCUAACAGAGAUCAUCCUCCUCAGGCAAUGCAGUAGUAAGCUACCAGCCCCCCUCCCACCCAGCCCAGAGUCUGGUUCAGUCACACAGGGUUCCACAGGCAAUGAGGAGGGCCAGGGGCUUUAUCUCUUUCUAGACUUUCUCUUCUCCACCUUGUGUCUUCAUGUUUUGGGGGUCCUCUAGUGCCCUCACCCUUUGUCAAUCCCCCCGCACCCGCUGUCACCACGGCCGGCCACCCCAGUCGCCUCGUUGCCAUGCCGACAGAGACACUGGCUCCAGCCCUGCCAGAUAGCAAGGCCGCUGGCCCCGCAACGCCCUUCAGUUCUUCUGUACCCCUCCGCAUCCUCAAUAAGGGCCCUGACUACUUCAGGAGACAGGUGGAACCUAAUCCAAAGCGCCUCAGUGCUGUUGAAAGAUUAGAAGCUGACAAGGCCAAAUAUGUCAAGAGUCAGGAAGUUAUCAACGCCAAACAGGAGCCAAUUAAACCCCCCAUGCUGGCCAAGCCUCCCAUCAGUCACACCCUCCUGUCUAAAAGAGGCUCUGGGAUUGGUGGAGGAGGAAAUGGAGGCGGGAUACCUUUCAAAGCAUCCAAUAACAAUGCCAAGUCAGACUCAUGCGCAACAAGCAGUGGCAGCAGCAAACGGGGGAAUUUAAACCUGGAGAUCCUGAAAAAUCUGCUAAACUCAUCGUCAUCUUCAGGAGCAGGAUCUGAAGGACUAGGAAGUGGAGCUAAGAGUGCUGUGUUGAUGAGGUCAUCGGGGGGAAUGGCCAAGAGCUGGACACCAUCAGGGAUGCCGUUGACCUACCGAUCUACAAUGACACUUAAUGAGCAACCAGCGGACUCAGCUCCAAGUCCAAGCACGUCACACUCCCUCCGCUCCUUUUCCCAUUCCCUGAAGGUCCCUCCAAUCAACAGCGGGGGACGUCGCAGUCCACAACAGGGUGGAAACCUCAACCUUAGCAGACGAGUGCUAGAUGAAAGAGGAGGUGAAGGAGUUACAGAUCGAUCUCGCUCCCCACUACCUCCACUGCUCACAUCCCAUUCGUCCUCUGACCUCUUGCGAUUGUGCAAUGGCAAGCCACUACGCACUGCCCGAUCUAGCAGCUCCUCAGCCCCACCGCUCCCUCCAAAACCCAACCCAGCCUCCCUCCCUCCCCCACUUUCCUUAUCACUGCCUCGCCCUCGUCCAACUCCUUCGCCCUCGCCCUGUGACAAUACCACCCCUCAGUCUCUGCCUUGUGAUUUCGGAGACCCUUCCAAUACUUCAGUUGAUCCCAACCUGGAGCUUGAGCUCGGUUCCUCUGUGGCUCGUCGUUCCUCACUACACAGAUCUAAAUCAGACCUGUCAGACCGGUACGCCCGGGCUGGAGCUGACGUGGAACGCUUCUUUAAUUACUGCGGCCUUGACCCCGAGGAGCUAGAGGCAGUCGGCCCAGAGAACUUUGCGCGAGCCAACUCAGAUAUUGUCAGCCUGAACUUCCGAUCAGCUUCUAUGAUCUCCUCCGACUGCGACCAGUCGCGACGAUCCUCUAAUGAUGGACUGUCAGAUGGAGAUGAGGACGAGGAAGAGGAGGCUGGGGAACGUGUUCCGUAUGGCAUCUCAGCUGUGGAGCGAAAUGCAAGAGUCAUUAAGUGGUUGUACAGCAUCAAACAGGCAAGAGAGACUCAAAAAGUCUCACAUGUUUAGGACAUGCACUACAGUGGACUGGAUGUAAUGUAAGCUAUCCACAAACUGCCCCUUGUUUCAGAGUUGAUACUUGGACCAUAAUUUCUCACAGGCUUGGAAACUGCGAUCCCGGGGUUGUACUGAAAAUGUAUCAAAAUGUAUAUAUAGAUGAAUGAAUGGCUGGAAGAGAAAGUCUGAUACAAACUGGGUAAGAAAACAAACUUUUUGUUUAGGAAUUAAUGAACAAAGUGAGGAAAAGGAUUCUAAUCCUCCCAUGUGGAGACCAACAUGAACACUAAGAACAUAAAGGAAUAAAACCUGGACAGUCCCACGAACAAAAUGGUCAGUCUGGAAAGACAAACAUGGAACAUGUAUGAAAACUAAGUAGUUAAUGAAAUGUUCCUCUAUGGACACUGUUUAAGUCCAACAGACAUCAUCUGUCAGUUUGCUUGUGCAACAAGAGCGAAAAGCACUACAAGUCUAACCUCUUCACUACGAAAGGUUAUAGGCCUUUUCUCUGAGAGAACAUUUUGGCUUGUCAGAAAUAGGUUUGACUAACAUUCCAUUUAGGUGUAGCCCCCCGUGUACUCAAUCAUAGGUAUUUCUGUAGUAGGAUACAGUUGACUAAUCAGAGCAUUGCAUUAACAAAGAGAGCAACAGCAGCCUAGUUUACUGAUCAGAUCUGAAAGUGCAAUUAACGAAUAUGCCCUUGUGGAGUACAAGGCACAACUGAAUUUUGAAAUAAUUUUAAAUCAAACAUUAAUUUAUUUCCCCCAGUUGAAUGCAAUUUUGAAUUUCUAAUAGAGAGUGACAUUAUGUUCUACUCAUAGCAAGUGGAACCAUAGCUUCUGUGUAAACUGAAACUUGCAGAUUGGUCAAGGAAAUACGAAUGAAAAUAAACCCCACUUCCAUCUCCGAAAUGAAAGGGUAAUUAAGUCUAAUAGUCAGACAUGUAUUAUUUUAGAUGUGCUACCACCAGGCUUCUGACACCAUUGACAUUUACAGACAUUUCAGUUCCACUGGUGCUUUUCCUGCAACGACAAAUCAAAAGGUACCCUUUGAGAAAGGCCUACGUGACAGUGUCUCUGUUUGAACAAACUUUGAAAAAGGUCCUGACAUCUUUGCAAAUUAGGUGCUGAACUCUAUCUGUCAAAAAUUAGAAAUCACUUGGGAAAUUCGGUGAUGCUGGUACACUGUGCGACUGUAAAGAAGUUAGGUCAGUGUUUCUUGAUAUUUGUUAAAGGUAGUUGAUCAAUUCAGCUCUAGUUUCAUUGGUCACAAAAAUGAGGUUCUUAAUGCAUCAAGGUGUUAACAAUGACAAUGCAAAAAGCUGAAAAGUAACACAAAUGGUGGCGUGCUAGCUUUCACUGAGCUGUAGCUCUUGUUCUGUUGGAUGUUGUAAUUGUUAAAUGAAGUCUUGGAAUGUGUGAUGAAUUACUGACAAAGGAAACAGGACCUUGGCAUAGUAAUUUGAACACAUACAUACAAUAUAACAUAUUAUCUCUGAAGCAUAUUUAUCCACACAGCAUUAAGGCUUCACUGUCAUAUCAUUAUCCUGAGUAACAUCAACCUGUUCAUGUUAAGCAACAAAACAUUUCACUGGAGAGUUUUAGUGUCCUGUGAUGGGAUAUGGUUAUUCAACCCCUGUUCCACACCGACCAGAACCCUCACAUUUGGAAUUCAAGUCAUGAUUAGUUGUAAAUCGGAGGAUUUCACUGAGCAUUCAAAUAGAAUGAAUGAAAUUAGGUCAGUUGGCCAAAGUGUGAAAUGUUCUAUAAGGCUUAAUGAAUGCUUAAUGGUGCUGUCUUAGGGUUCCUUUCCACCUAGCCUCUGGGGUUCAGGUCAAAUGAGCUCUACUGCAUUUGUCUGUUUAAUUUGGUCUUCUUUAGGGUUGUGUGACUGAGUGGUGUCUUUACCUUAAGGGCCCGGUUAUGGUGAUGACCAAACUAUCCAGACUCAAAGAAACAGGUUUAUUUAUCCCCAGUCACAGGUAUGGGUAUUUUUCCUCAUCCAUCACAAUUCCCUCUACCUGUCCGUGACAUGUAAGUGCCAGUUGCACUCUUUACUAACAGUGCUCAUUAACAGUUAAAUACACAAAUUAAGUUCAGUAAAGUGCAACAUUAUGUGCUGUCAAUCCAUUUUUUUCUGUGACCGUCCUAUUAUACAUGUAUUACCCCAGCUGACCAAUCAGUGAGUAAAUAGCCGGUCCAUACGAUUUCGUGGUUACAGCCCAUCAUUCGUAAUACAUAAGUGACAAAUGAACCAAACUAUUUGUUUUAAAGUAACCUAAACAAUCACUGCACAGACUCCCUGAGUUUGUCUUUGCAGUUUGCCUUCAACAGAUGAAAUAAAUAAUGCCUCGAGCAUUUCCCAGCAAUAAUAUUACAGGACACCAAAACUCUCCUUUCAAAACAAUGUAUAAACUUGUGAUUGUGUAGACCACCAGGCAUUCUCUAAACCUACACUGAAAGCAAUACUAAAGAAUCUGUCUGCUCACUAUUAUAGCACAUAUUAUAGAACAGUAUAACAGGAAAGUGGAGAUUGUGGUUUUAUGUCAGCGCUCUCUCCAAAUGCCACUUAAGAUUUAGGGUGUUUAUAGUUGCUUAUGCUCUAGCGACGCCCUGUAACGUUACACACACAGAAGAUUUAAGCUGAAUACCUUGUCGAUUCCCUUAUCUCUGCUUUUUCUCUCUCCUCCUCCCUGGCUGUCCUCAAACCCAGGCACAGGAAGGAACCUGUUUCUUUACCCUUGCGUGUUCCUGAUGAUGGGUGGGGGGAGGGGGGUGAAUUACCAAGUUCACCUCCAACCUUAUCCUUGUUGGCUGUCUACAUGUCUGCAUGUCACUGACAUGUCCCAAGGCCUAAAGCCAUAUCGGUGUGAAUGCAGAGCCUCUGUCAGUGUCUGUCUGCCCCUCCAUCUCCCUUCACCUCCCCCUGAUCUGUGGUGGUAGGUUUGCCUCAACGUGUCCAACAACAGCAACAACCCUGCUGCUUACUUCACUUCCCUUCACAAUGCACUCUGUGAGACCAGACGUAACUUUGGAGAUAAAAAUGAUCAAACCCUUUGACUGUAACCCUAAAAGAUUAAAGGAUCGGUUAGAGUUAAGGCUUCAGUAUGCUUCAAACAUAGUCCUCAUUCAAUCUUCUAACAGCAUGUGAAACUUUUCUUUAAUCUUCCAAAACAGACAAUCCAAGCCGAUUUCACGUGGUGAUUAUUUAUAUGUUUGGUGGUCUGAAAUCAAGCAUGUUCUUGAAAAAUUUCAGGUGUUGUGCAGUGAAAACGUAACCCAGGGUUAUUCAUAGGAGAGAGUUCCAAGUGCAGAGACAGGCAACAGUGGAUGGAGUGCCACCAAUAUAGACAUGGACAGUUAAAAAUCAGUCAAAAAUAUUUUUUGAUUGUGUCAAGGUGAAAGGAGCUUUGGAACAUACCUACUUGCUAUGGCUAUGUCAGACUAUUUUAGCCUCAGAAGCAUGAAGUACAGCUGAACCUUUUGUGCCUUACAGUGUAGUCAUGCCACAAAGGUUAUCAUUUCAUGGUCAGUACUGAAGGAAUAAUUACAGUGACCACUGUAUCAAGACAAAAAAAAAUCUAAACCUUGUAAAACACUGAAAAUAUAUGCUAUUGGAAUUACGCUCCUGAGGAAGUCUCGCCAUGGCAUAGAUCAGGUCUUGAUCACACAACUUUCAGCCAUACUAAUAAAGCUGGCUGGUGUAAGUGAGAGAAAACUGAACAUAUUUGAGCAACAGCAUUAUGUUAGUUAUAGGAGGUUUCAAUUUUUGAUGCACCCUAAGUUAGCCAGAAGUGGAAGUGAAGUGAACCCAGCUGGGGGUAACACCCAUGCCCCAUUUCCUUGCUCUGAGUUUGGGCUGUGCUAGCAUGUUCUUGUCCAAUACCCUGAUCUGUCCUUCCCAUGUGUCUUCCUAGUGACCUCCCCUUUGGAACCAGGAAACCCUGUUGCUUCUUACUGUCAACAUUAACGAAGACAAUAUUGUACUGUUCUGACAGCAUCAUCAUGCUUCAGUUUCACUUCUGUCUGUAUGGUGUACCUUUGAUUUUUAUGUUUGUUUGUUUUUUUUAUCUUUUGAUUGACAGAUAGAGUUCUUCUGUGGUAAUUGCUUUGUCUUAUUUUUUUUCUUCUAUGUGUAAAUGCUGUAAGAAAAAAAUGUAUAUAUUUGAUUUAAAAAAAAAAAAGCAGUGUGUUGGAUUUUCAGCUUUUCUCUGUCUGAAGGUGAACGUGUUACAAAAGAUUCUGAACAACAAACUGCUGUUUUGUUCUUUGCCCUCGGUACAGAACUGCCUGAUCGAACUGGGCAGGAUUGUUUCAGAGACUUAGUGUUGACUGUUUUUUUUUUUUUUUGACGUGGAAACUGUUAUAUUUUGCUUGACUAAAAAACAAAAAACAAACAAAAUGUGUUCAUGUUUAGUUUCUUUUGAUUAUUUCAAUAAAUGGCUUCUUUUGCCAUCUCUUGCCAGUGA